AUGAUGGAGAGCAAAGAGAAAUAUGACGCGACGUCUGAUACGGUCCCUGAGCCGGAUGUCGGCGGUGGACAGAACGUUUCUGUUUCGGACGAAGAUGGCGGCAUAAAACGGGACUUGAGCUCGCGGCAUAUCAACAUGAUUGCGAUUGCCGGAAUGAUCGGAACUGGUCUGUUCCUCAGCUCAGGCUCGGUAAUCGCGACAGCAGGUCCAGCUGGUGCCCUGUUGGCGUAUAUCGUGAUGGGCCUGGUAACUGCGGGAGUGUCUUACACCACGGGCGAAAUCACCUCCUUCAUGCCGCGAACUGGUGGUUUCAUAAGACAUGCGACCAAGUUUGUUGAGCCGGCUCUUGGAGCUGCAACUGGGUGGAACUUUUGGUACACGAUGGCGAUAUCCGUGCCUGCAGAGAUCAGUGCAGCUGCGACACUCAUUCAGUUCUGGAACACAUCGGUGAACCCAGCUGUGUGGAUCACAAUCUUCUUGAUCUUUAUCACCGUUGUCAACUUCUGUGGAGUCAGAAUCUAUGGUGAGACUGAAGUUGUGUUUGCCUCGCUGAAGAUCAUGACCAUCAUCGGCCUCAUCAUCGGUGGACUAGUCAUCAACCUCGGCGGCGGACCGAACCACGAACGCCUGGGCUUUCGCUACUGGCAAGACCCCGGCGCGUUCAACAGCUACAUUGUUCCUGGCUCGGCCGGGGGUUUCUUGGCUUUCUGGAAAGUGCUGCUGUCCGCAGCCUUCAGCUACGGCAACAUCCAGGUCGUUGCCAUCUCUGGCUCCGAGACGCGCCAGCCUAGAAAGAUCAUCCCCGCCGCAACGAGAAAGACGUUCUUUCGAGUCUUUGUCUUCUACGUUCUGAGCAUCCUCAUUGUGGGAAUGAUUGUACCCUCCAAUGACCCUGCUCUGAGCAUUUCGACCGGCACCGCUCAGCAGUCUCCAUUCGUCAUCGCCUUUACCCGCUCAGGAGUCUCGGUGUUGCCGUCAAUCAUCAACGCAGUUGUAUGCACCUCUGCGAUCAGCAGCGGAUCAGCCUGUGUCUUUAUCGCGUCUAGGACUUUGUACGGACUCAGUUGCGAUGGGCAUGCCCCGAGGAUUCUUCAGCGCUGCAACCGUUUCGGCACGCCCUAUGUUGCCGUUGCUUUGACGUGCGUUCUGUUCCCGCUGGUCUACCUCAACGUCGGAAACAACACGUCUGUUGUCUUUGGCUGGUUUGUGAACAUCACGACCGUUGCGGGCUUGAUCGGUUGGAUCGUCAUUGAAGUUACAUAUCUUCGCUUUUAUGCUGGUCUCAAGGCGCAAGGCUAUUCACGUAAAGAUCUACCCUACCGAAGCCCCGGUCAACCAUACGUAUCAUGGGUCACGUUGAUUGCGGUGGUUCUCGUCGUGUUCUUCUCAGGCUUCGACGUAUUUGUCACGGGCAACUUCACUGCCUCUGGCUUCCUGACUUGUUAUCUUAACGUUUUCAUUUUCGCCGCUCUGUACGCGUUCUUCAAGUUCUACCUCAAGUCAAGAGUGAUCUCACCAGCAGAGAUGGACUUUGAGGAGGAGUUUGCGUCCAUCAGGUUGGAAAAAGCAGCGGCAGAAAUGUUCGAGACGAGGCAGACUGGAUUGAAGGCUUCGUUGCGCAAAGUCAUCCACUCGGUUUAA